GCUGGAGUCGUCCCGGACUCGAUCCUGAUUUCAUAUUUCGUUUCGUUGCUCCCGAUCACACCACGAAAUCCUUGCCGGAAUUCGCUCGCCUCCGAUGCCGACUGCGACAUGUAAAUUAGAGAAGAAUCCGCGAUAUUCCGCUUCGAUUUGUCGAUGAGUCUUGAUCGGCGCGCGCGGCGGGAAUUUUUCAAUUUGGCGGCGGAGAGGCACUCUCGCCGCGGUGUGUGGUGCUCCUCUGCACCGAUUUCUCUUUUGUGAGUUAUCGCAGUCGCUCGCCGAGACGUUGACCAACGGAAGUGGCGAGGCAACCGAGUAGUUUGUACGCAUCUCAUCGCUUCACCGCGGUCACGGGAUUGCUAAACACGACGUAGAACGUCAAUGGAAUCCGCCCGUGAGAGCGGAGGCGCGGUCAGGAGCUCAGAGUCGAGCUCGGACCGAAAAGGUAUCUUCCGAGAAGGCGAGCGUGUGCUAUGCUACGAACCAGAUCCGACGCGCUUGCGGGUUCUCUACGACGCGAAAAUUCUCAGAACGACACGUCGUAACAAGCGCAUGGAGUAUUUCAUCCAUUUUCUCGGUUGGAGUUCCUCGUGGGAUCGUUACAUCUCGGCGGAUUACCUUCUACAUGACACAGAAGCCAACCGGAAACUACAAAACGAGCUCAACACAGAAGCCAAAAAACUGUUGACCAAAAAAAAACGAAAACAAAACGGGAGCUCAUCGAUUGUCAGUGAAAGUUCGAGAGACAGCUCCGAGGACGAGAGCGAAGAUGAGGCGCAGUGUGAGAGCUUCCCGAUGGCUCUGCCGGAAAACCUCUUGGAGAGAUUGACCGCCGAUCGCGAUGCGAUCAAAGCAGGGAAACUGCACAAACUCCCCUGCAGUCAGGACAUAGUCUCGAUACUCGAGAACUAUGCCCACCACUACGCUUUCCAGGUUCGGUUUGUCCGUUCUUGCGAAUCGCCCAAGAGACCCCGGCUCGGUGGAGAUACGAAUUGUCAACGGAGAACUAGCAUAGAGCUGUGUAAAGAGACGGUAGACGGUCUCCGGAUUCUGUUCAACAAUCUAUGCGGUCUGAUACUCCUCUACGAUGAGGAACAGGAACAGUUCAACUCGUUGGACAACAUUGUCAUACACAAAGAUCAGCAGGAGCAGAAGAAAAGUCGCCAGACCCGCGAAUUGGACCUGUUGCUCGCCCAGCUCGAGGACAGUUUUAUCGCGAAUAAAAUCCCUCAAGCCUGGGAUAACGAGACCCACCGCGGCAGGUCCCUCCGGAUAUCCACCCAGCACGCUUCAAUAGCUUCGGGAACCUUGAAACGUGACGCCGACGACAGCGAUAGCGCCACCAUAACGUCGUGGACCACCACGAUCACUUCACCCGCUACGUCCGUGUUAGAAAGUGUCAAGAAAUGGCGGAUGGCCGAGGAUCAUCUAUGCCCAGCGCAAAUUUACGGAGCGAUACACUUAUUGAGACUGCUUCACCGAGUUCCUCACAUCGUCCCUCACCUGAAGAUGGCACAGCCGAAGGCCGAUGCCCUGAGAUACCAUCUCGAUCUCCUCAUUAAAUACAUGAGAGACAACGAAAACAUUUUUGAAGUCGACUACGAAUGA